UCUGAUUGGUUGCUCUUAAAGCGUUAACAAACGUGGGUAAAGAAAGUGGCUCACCGCAGCUCCAUGUGGUGUUUUUCUCUUGACGAAGAACUUAACGAUCCCAGUGAAUGAAUAUAUAUAUUUAGGUUGAUAUUUUCGGUCAUGUACAGUUUUUGGGAGCCACUUGUGUUGAGUUACUUUAACCGAAAGUGAAAUACUUCCACUGGAAACACGUUGUAUUGGAGACCAUGGAUGACAGUGGGACUGAAGCGUGGACCCAGGUAAACCUCCAGCAGCUUCUAGCUACGAUGAAAGCCACCCUCCCAGGACAUGCCCGAAAUCUCUCGUACAUCACAGCACAGAAAACUGUGGACUGGAAUAAAGUGGCGUUCCCCCCUUUCUCUCCUGAAGCAUGCCAAGAAAAGUGGAAACAGAUUUUGCGGAAAAUGAGUAAGACCCGGACCCUCAUCGAGCUCAUCGAUGAAGCGAAUGGUGUCAUAACCAAUCCGGUCAAGAACGUAAAGAUCCACCCAGAGUGCCCAAAGAGACCCGCUCCUCCGACUGCUAUCUUUUUCGAGGAAAAUGUGUCUGAUUAUCAGAAGACGCACCCGAAUAGGAGCAGACAAAAUAUAUUCAGGAAGCUAUGCAAGAAGUAUAAGCUGCUCCCAUGUGAAGAGAAGGCUCCAUAUGAGGACAAAUUUCAGCUUGCAAAUGAGGAAUACAUGAGAAAGAUGGAGCUGUUCAGUAAACAAUAUCUAAAAGGUGACUUUCGCAAGUCCACAUUGAAGAAGCUCAGUGCGAAAAACAAAGCUGUAACGAGAGCUCAGGUCAGUAAAGACACAGAGGGCAUGCCUCCCAAGCCUUCGAUAAAUGGAUAUACACUAUUCUGCAAAGAGCAGUCUGCUUCUGGGACGGCAUAUAAAGGCGUAAAUGUGUGGGCCCAAAGUUGGCGAGAUAUGACUGAGAAACGGAAAGACGUUUACAACACGAGCUGCAAACGGUUGAAGAGCCAGUACGUGGUUGAGCUGAAAGAAUAUCUAAUGAAUUUUGAUGAGGCGAAGCAGCAGCGGAUCCUAAAGGAAACCGGCAUCAAAAGACCCAAAGAGCUUCGGGACAUUAAAAGAAGAGAUAAAAAUAAAAUUCCUGGGGAACCAAAAAUUACAUUUCGAUCUGGUUGUGACAUUUUCCGCAAAAAACAGAUGUUUCUUCUGAAGGACCACAUCCUAAACUCAAAGGAACGCUUUGGUAGGGUCAACAAAAUGUGGCUGGACCUCUCGUCAGAGGAGAAGAAACGCUACCAGGAGGAAGUAUUUAAAGACAAUAAAAAAUACUGCAUGGAGCUUCAGAAGUGGUUUGAGACGUUGUCGGCAGCAGAGCAGCAGUUGUAUCGGAUGCACAACCCCAGUAAACUCCGAUACCUUGAUGCCGUCCAAAUGGAAGUUUAUAAUUCAGAAAAAACACGUGCUCCUAUCUACAGACCAUCAGAUUCAGAAGAUGAAGACACUGAGGAGAGCGAAGAUGAAGUAGAGUCUGAUGAGGAGGAGGAGGAGGAGGAAGACGAUGAUGUCAUCGUUUUUGAGGUGUACUAAUUGGUGAUGAGAAGGACAGAAGAUCAUCACACACACACUUAUCAAGUUCAGAGCAGAAACCGGGAUUUGACUUGAUAAACUGGCUGCUCCAGUAGCUGACUUUAAUGCCACAUCGUGUUUUAAUUGUACAAAUCGGCUUUAAAAAAAAUCUGUGUUAAUGCAGGACCAUAUGUUGAGAAGCUUGAGAAAAGCACAUCUUGGUUCUUAAAUGUGCAUCCUGCUUUAUUAUCUAGCUUUGAGGACUUGUGAAAAUAGAAUUGCUCUGGAAAGAUUGUUUGGUACCAGCGAUAUGUUGUGCUUGAGUGUUUUGUGUUAAUUAGUUUGAACUAAUUCAUUCUACAAUCUGGGUCUAUUUGAUAAUCUGCCAUCGGAAUGCUGUUCACAGUGCACACAUAGAUUGAUUGAGAUUAUAUUUUACAGAGGAUACAGUUGUUUGCUCCAUGGUCUUCAGACAGAUUAAUCUAAUCCAUAACACAAUGCAUGAGGUAGUGUUUUUAAUCAAUACACUUUAUUACGCCAAAACUCUAAUGGUUUCUUCUACUUUUAACAAUGAAAACAUGUAUUUCUAAACAUUGAGAUAAUGCAGUACCAGGGAAAAUGUAAAUGGGUCAACAUUUACGGGUUUUAUUUGUAUAGAUAAACAAGAAAAUGAUUUGUAAGGCAUUGUAUUAUGUGUGGUUUAAAACCUUGCAUUUGUUUGUAAAUCCUUUUUUUAAAAUCCAAUAAAGAUUUUCUUUGUC